AGCUGCCACCUUAUAACAUAAUCUUUUGUCGCUUCCCGCGACGAAUAUCAACUAAUCAAGACAUAAGCAUCUUCGUCAUCAUCAUCAACGCAAAUAAUCAUAAUUAUAUCAACGCUAACAGUGAAAUUUAACAUAACAUGCGCAACAGCAAUAAUAGCAAUAGCCAUAGCUCAAACCAUUAGAGAGCAGCCAUGGCCACCCCAAUGAACCUCACUUCCAACUUCUUUUUCUUCAUCUUCACCGUUACAAUCAUCUACGUAGCCUACACCUUUCCCAAGCUCCAACCAAAUCAAACAAACCUUGCAUUCUACGUCCACGAACACUUCACUGGCGAAGACACAACCGCGGCAACCGUGGCCGGAAAGGCAGGCCCCACCUCCAACAUCUUCCACUUCGGCACCGUUGCAGUGGUGGAUGACCCAGUAACAGUGGGACCCAGCGUCGACUCAAAAGUCAUCGGAAGGGCCCAGGGACUUUACAUAAACUCGCAGCUUGACGGAAAAGGGUUGCACAUGGCAUUCUCGGUGAUAUUCACCGAUGGAAAGUUCAAAGGAAGCACGUUGGAGAUUCAAGGCUCUGAUAUAUUCGGAAUGAAGGAACGAGAAUUUGGUGUUGUUUCUGGGACCGGUUAUUUUCGGUUCGUCAAAGGGUAUGGGGUUAUGGAAACGGUUUUCAAGGAUUUAGCUAAGCUCAGAGGAACGCUUAAACUCAAUGUAACGGUCAAGCAUUAUUAAUUAGAUUUUGUAGUUUAAAUCUUUUGUCAUUGGUUGAACUAUUGCGCUAGAUCUAUCAAUAGGUUUCUUCAACAAGUUAUUUUGAUACCACAAAAAUAUAAUUUAACAGUUUUUUCUAUUAAGAUAAUUCGAUUAUUUAACUA